AUGUCGUUGAUGUACAACAGUCUUGACGAGGGAAUCACAGCGGUGAAGAGAAACAAAGCAUGGGCUCUGCUCUAUUUCCACAAGAACUACACAGAGAGUCUACUGGAGAGGAUUGACCGAGGCAAAAAAGCCUCCAAUAUGAGUCUUGCAAACAGCUUGCUUGAAGUCUAUCCUGAUAAUUCUAUUUAUUACAUUGCUCAAAAAUUAAGAUGGGACUUGCAUUCAGGAUUUAUGUCAUUCAUGGAGAAUUUUCUAAGAAAUUGUGAAAUCGAUGACAGAGUUGUAAAGAGUCCUAUCACGGAAGGUGAAGAGAUUUAUGAAAGUAUUGCUGUAAGAUACAUUGGUCUGAAUGGAUAUAUCAUUGCGUAA